GUAUGACAUAGUGGUUUAUGAUAUCGAUACAUGCGGGACCGUAACCAACUAGUGGUCGGUCUCAAGUUGGCUAGACAGAACCGAGGAUAAAUGAGGGACAUGAGGGCUGCAUCAAACUCAACCCAGACAACCUUUCACACUUGACCAAAGAAUCAUAACAUCACCAUGGCCUUGGAACACGACAUCCUCGUUUUUGAAGGCGACUAUGCUGGUCCUGAGGUGGUUCGCGAGGGCAUCAAGGUUCUACGCGAGGUUGAACGCCUAAACAAGGGGACAAAGUUCAAUCUAAAGUACCGUCUCAUCGGCGGGAGUUCCUGGGACGCUGAGGGAGUGACGAUCUCUCAAAGCACCCUUUCCGAAGCUGCCUCGGUUUCGGCUGUCUUACUCGGAGCAGUGGGGGGACCGAAAUGGUCUUCCACUGCCGUCCCUGUAGAGUCAGGGCUCGGCAAACUGCGCAAGGCCAUGGACGCCUUCGGCAACCUCCGUCCCAUCAACUUCGUCGCGCCGUCGCUGGUGGAGCAGUCGGCCCUGAAGACGGAGCGGUGCGCGGGGACCAGCAUGGUGAUUGUCCGGGAACUGACGGGAGGCAUGUACUUUGGCGAGAAGACGGAGCACGACGGGUCGUUCAACAUGGCCGCCGACACGGACCUGUACACGAGAGCCGAGAUAGAGCGAGCGGCUCGGCUGGCGGGUAAGCUGGCCACGGCCACCAGCCCGCCGCAGCCCGUCAUCAGCCUCGACAAAGCAAACGCCCUGGCGUCGUGUGGCCGUCUCUGGAGGGGUGUGGUGAGCCAAGUCAUGGCCGCCGAGUUCCCCCACGUUCCACUGCAGCAUAUGCUGAUCGACACGGCGGCCAUGGUCAUGGCGAGCAACCCCACCCGACUGAACGGCGUGGUGCUGACGAGUAACAUGUUUGGCGACAUAAUCAGCGACGAAGGGGCGGCCAUCAUUGGUAGUAUCGGGCUGCUCCCUAGCGCCAGCCUGUGUGGGAUUCCCGAAACUCUGGACGGCGGAGGCAGGGUUCGUGGUAUCUACGAGCCUAUCCACGGGUCCGCGCCGGACAUUGCUGGGCAGGGGAUCAUCAACCCGGUGGGCAUGAUCCUCUCGGUGGCCAUGAUGUUGAAGUAUUCCCUGGACAUGCCUCUGGCUGCCGCCGCCGUGGAAAAAGCAGUGGGCGAGGCGUUGCAAAGCGGCGUGCGGACCCCGGACCUCGGCGGGUCCGCCUCGACGGCCGAGUUUGGAGAUGCCGUCGUGGCUGCGUUGGUUGGGUGACAACUCGGACGAGGAAAUUCUAAUGUUUGGGAUGGCCCGGCAGCCCAAGGUUGGGACUUUUGGGGGUAUUUGAGUUCAAAACAAGGGGCAAAGAUAAAAAAAGGUGAUUCACUUAGGUGAACCUUUCUGAUGAUUAUCUGCUUCUCGGCCAGUUCGCGGACAUUUCAAAAUGAUCAGACCGUGAAACUCAGUCCGACAAUUCGACCGGGCCCCGGGACCUUCAGUCCCCGGACCCGUUGGCCGCGUCCCUGCUUCGACCAGGCCGCAAACUCAAGCUGCUUCGGCACAUGAGUCUUGUCGCCGUCGAUCUAUGUAAU